CCCAAACUGAUUAAUCUCCGCCGAAACUCGGCCCUUUCUUCCGUCUUUCAUGGCAAGUGACUUGCUAUGUCAACAUGGUAUCCGAAAUAAAAUACGUUCUCGUUACGGGUGCAGCUGGAUUUAUCGGGGCUCAUGUCGUCGAUACUCUACUGGGGCGGGGAUUCCGUGUCCGCGGCACCACUCGGUCUUUAUCGAAGGGGGAUGCCAUGAUCAAGGCGCGACCACAAUAUUCCUCUCAGCUCGACAUGGUACAGAUUGUAGACUUCGAAAACGUCGGCGUCUUCAAGGCAGUUAUUAGAGAUAUCGAUGCAGUCAUCCAUGUUGCUAGUCCGUUCACAUACGACACUAAAGACAACGAAAAGGAGCUCAUCAUUCCCGCCAUAAACGGCGUGAAAUCCAUCCUCGAAGCCUCAGCUGGUAGUAAAGUCCAACGCAUCGUCAUCACCUCAAGCUUUGCAUCCGUCAUAGAUAUCAAUCGCAGGACACCUCCCUACUUCACCUACACGGCAGACGACUGGAACCCCCUUACCUAUGAAGAAGCCGCCGACCCUUCUUCAUCCGCCGUCAUUGCCUACCGUGGUUCCAAGAAGUUUUCCGAGCUUGAGGCAUGGAACUUCAUCAAGGAAAAGAAACCCCAGUUCGAUAUCGUGACGCUUUGCCCACCCAUGACGUUCGGUCCCGUGGUGCAUCCGGUCAGCAAAGUCGAGGAUCUGAAUGAGUCCAACGCCAUGCUGUGGAAAGUAGCAAGCGGCGCGAAUCCGAUGCCAGUUUCGAGGGUGCCCUUUUGGAUAGAUGUCCGAGAUCUGGCGCAGGCUCAUGUUGAAGCUCUGUUGAGGCCCGAGGUGAGGAAUAAGCGGUUCACGACCACUGCUCCAGAACGGUUCUCUUAUGGGCUUGCUGCGAGGAUCAUGGUGGAUAAGUUUCCUUGGGUGAAGGGGCAGGUGAUGGAGAGCGUUCAACCACUUGAUGGAUCGUAUGGGCUGGAUGGAGAGACGGCUGCUAAAUGUUUGGGUUUCAGUUACAGGAGAUUCAAGGAAACAGUGGAGGAUCUCAUCGAGCAAGUAUAUGAGAUGAGCCAGAGCUCUGUCUAAGCAGGCACAAGUCGGAUCAUCUGCAGUUAUCUAUAUUAUCUCCAGAGGGACAUUGUUUUAGGUUUUUUUAAGAAAUAGGAAGGUAAAAGGCUAGGUUCAUUAGUGGCCAGUCAACUUAAUGGUCAAUGACAG